CAAUUAUUUUUAUUUCCCCGGCAACCCAGUUAAUGAACCUGAUUUCGUCAAUAUUAAGUUUGAUUAGUUACAUUAUGUAAGGCGAGCAAUCCAGAAUGUUUAUAUGUUGAUUUAUAUGUUAUGCUGUAUCUAAAACACUGGUUAAAAUAUAGGCUACUUAUUGCAUCCUACAAACUAGAUAUUUUCAACGUUUGUUGUUAAUGCAUGACUAUACAGUUCUUUUGGCUGUUACAGCUGAUCAUACAUUGAGAGAUAUAUCUAUUUAUAGUAGUAAAGCUGCGAAACAAACAUUUUACUUAACAUUUCUGGCGUAACAAUUUCCUAAAUUCUCUCAGCCAACCACAAAUUCCCGCGAUAACUUAGUUUUUAUCAAGCGCGUGGCAUCUCGCGAGAUCCACAUUUUACUGAAACAUGUCUGAGAAAGAGCUGGGGAGGAAGUGGGACCGCUGUCUCGCGGACGCGGCAGUCAAACUUGGGGCCGGCCUGGGUUUGGGCAUCGUCUUCUCGGUUGUCUUCUUCAAGCGUCGUACAUGGCCCAUCUCAUUCGGCUUGGGGUCAGGGCUUGGUAUGGCUUACUCCAACUGCCAGCAUGACUUCAGGUCUCCAUACCUUCUGCAUGGUCAGCUGGUCAAAGACCAGUAGCAUUUCCCAGAGUGAACGCCUUCUCCGCAUAUUGAUUGCAUCAAUGCUGUUUGCCUCUCAGCUCUUUCCCAGUCUCACUGCAGUAUACCUGAUCAGAGCUGAUCCUGUUAAUUAAUAAAAUACUAAUGUACAUGCAACUGCAGGAGCGCACCCAUACAAAAUAUAUGUGUAUUUAUAUA